AUCACCACCAUUUAGAGUCGCAAAGUUUUAGCUGAAUGGCCGGCGUUAUCUAGGUGAUAUGACAGGCCGAGGCAAGCUUAGCAAUGGCAAGAAACGUCACAAGCGGAUGAAUACGCCGGCUCGGAAAGAGCAAAAUCGAGUCGCGCAGCGAAUAUACCGCCAAAGACAAAAGGAACGCCGAGAACAGCAAUUGCAAACGAGAAAUGUCUCGCCCAGAUAUUUGGAGAUUAGGCCGCAGCCUGUCCCAGACGCUGAGGAUCAAGUUAACAUUGAUACUGCGGCAGGGCAGCCCAGUCACAGUGACGGAUCAUGGAAUCCAACUCUGCACUCAAAUUAUGACGAGUCUACGUCCUCGCAAUCUGUGGCACAUCGACAGCCACUUGUGGCUGAAGCGAACCAACUCGACCUGGACUAUUGGGGUGCUAUGACAUCUCUGGGUAUAGGCCCCGUACAAAUGGGACUGCUAGAUGCUUGUGUACCUUCAUUGGGCGUGCUGGAUUCAACACUCGACGCAAUGGCGGAUCCGAACAUACCACCAACCACGUUCUCUGAACACGACCACCUAGAGGACGCUAUGGGCCUUGAAGAAAUCGGGACUAUGAAAUCAAGCGAUACGAGCAGUCUUUCAAAGCAAACUAGUAUCUUGCCUGAUGCCGGCAGCAACAGCUUCGUGAACUACGAUAUGCAGGCUGCCCAGGUUGCAGACCCAUAUACAAACAGUAUUGAAUUGUCUCAAGUAUCACUUCUUAGGAUCUGUGUUCAUAACGCGCGCUGGCUAGGGAUUGACGUUGCUGGAAUGUUUGGCUGGGAUUGCAUGAUGCUCUGCUCGCCCUUCUACCGGCCAGGUACGACCGUUAAAGAUGAUCCCAUGGCGCUUCUAGCCACAGUUUCAAGCCCAUACACCCCGACUCAUCUGCGACCAACGCUACCUCAGAUCCUGUUUCCUCAUCACCCGAUACUUGAUUUGAUCCCCUUUCCGGGUCUCAGAGCACGCGCGAUCACAUUGGCUGCAACUUCACCGCAGUUGUUUGAUCCGCUUGAGCUGAAGAAGGAUAUCGUCAGUGGCGGCCUCGUUUGCUGGGGAACAAAGAAAGACCCUGGUGGUCAGCCAUGGGAUAUGCGUAGCUGGGAGGCUGCUCCCUGGUUUUUGCGAAAGUGGCGGUUGCUGAUUGGCAUGGAUGGCGAGCUGUGGAAACAGAGCAUGUGGUGGCAGAACAUGAGAGGCGAGCUGCCUGAACUGUGAAUUCCACGAUGCGCUUUUCCUGUGAAGAGACAAUAAUGCCACUCUUCGCCGCCAGUUAUGUUGGACAGACGUCCACCGCCACCACCAUCUACGUAUGUGUCCAGUCGAGAUGUCAGACAUCAACACGAUGUCCGCGAGGCGAGAUGCGAUCGGGGAGAUAGAAGAAAUCGUCUAACGAAAACUAGACAAGCUUCUAUCACGAUAUCGUGUGGCGGUAAGCACUACUAUCUACUAUAUUAUAUAAUAGUAUAUACUGCUGCUGCUGCACCGCCAUUGU